AUGCCGUACCAUGAAGAAACAAUAAAGAAAAUGCUUCCCAAGACGUAUCUCCGCAAACAUGUGGCCCAUGAAAUACACAUUACAUUGACUCACUUCAAAAGCCUUGUGCCCAUGAUGGAUAGAUAUGUUUACAAUGAUGGAAUCACAAAGGACUUGAUGAGUCUCACUGGAACCAUUCCUGUCAUGUAUGAUGAUAAGACCUACAACAUCCCGGUAUGCCUCUGGAUUGAGGAAAACUACCCAAACUGCUCCAAUCUGCUACGUCAGACCCACACGUGAAAUGAUGAUCCUCAGUGGAAAGUACAUCUCAAGCAAUGGUGAAGUCAUGCUGC